CUGUUGACAGCAAAAUUGUCAUCCCUUGUGAUUUUGCUCAAGUUGCAAAAUCGUGAAAAAUUGUUGACGAGUGCUCCAAAACAAUAUUUUUACAAUAAAACGCAUUUCUGUGGGUAAAAGUAAAUUUGUCAGCAUUAUGGCAAAUGCUUUGGUGCGUUUGAAUUCGCUCCCACGGAAGCAAAUAGGCACUCUGGUUCCCGUUCUGAGAAAUAGCAAUCCGUCGGUGACGAUACUAGUUUCGAAACAACAGACUCGCCAACAGUCCGCUCAAGCUUCGGCGCCACCACCACAAACAAAAACCAAGUUCGGUCCUCUCGCAGAUCAGGAUAGAAUCUUCACUAAUCUCUAUGGAAGGCACGACUGGCGCUUGAAAGGAGCCCUAAAACGGGGUGACUGGUACAAGACCAAAGAGAUCCUGCUGAAAGGAACCGAAUGGAUUAUAAAUGAGACGAAAACUUCGGGUUUGCGUGGACGUGGAGGUGCUGGUUUCCCCACCGGUAUGAAAUGGUCUUUCAUGAAUAAGCCGUCGGAUGGACGACCGAAGUAUUUAGUGGUGAACGCGGAUGAGGGCGAACCUGGAACAUGCAAGGACCGGGAAAUUAUGCGUCAUGACCCACAUAAACUGAUCGAGGGCUGUUUGAUUGCUGGCUGUGCGAUGGGUGCCCGUGCCGCUUACAUCUAUAUUCGGGGAGAGUUUUACAAUGAAGCCUCGAACAUGCAGCUAGCAAUUGCGGAGGCGUAUCAAGCUGGUUUGAUUGGUAAGAAUGCUUGCAACUCGGGCUAUGACUUUGACGUAUUUAUGCAUCGUGGUGCUGGAGCCUAUAUUUGCGGUGAGGAAACUGCUUUGAUCGAGUCUCUGGAGGGAAAGCAAGGUAAACCACGCCUGAAGCCUCCAUUCCCAGCUGAUAUUGGUGUUUUCGGAUGUCCAACAACGGUUUCCAACGUGGAAACGGUAGCUGUUGCUCCAACUAUUUGUCGUCGUGGCGGAGCCUGGUUUGCCAGCUUCGGACGCACUCGUAAUUCCGGGACGAAACUUUUCAAUAUAUCCGGUCAUGUUAACACUCCAUGCACCGUUGAGGAAGAAAUGUCUAUUCCGCUGAAGGAACUCAUCGAACGUCAUGCUGGAGGAGUCCGUGGAGGUUGGGAUAAUCUGCUAGGUAUUAUUCCUGGUGGAUCAUCCACACCUAUUAUUCCGAAGCAUGUCUGUGAUGACGUUCUGAUGGACUUCGAUGGUUUAGUUCAGGCUCAGACUUCGCUUGGAACGGCCGCUGUGAUUGUGAUGGAUAAAUCGACCGAUGUUAUAAAAGCUAUCUCUCGUUUGAUUGACUUCUACAAACAUGAAAGUUGUGGCCAAUGCACACCGUGCCGGGAAGGCAUUUCAUGGAUGUAUAAAGUCAUGCAUCGCUUUGUGGACGGUAAUGCCCGACCAGAUGAAAUCGAUAUGUUGUGGGAAAUUUCGAAGCAGAUUGAAGGCCACACUAUUUGUGCCCUAGGUGAUGGUGCUGCUUGGCCAGUACAAGGGCUUAUCCGCCAUUUCCGACCCGAAAUCGAAGCCCGCAUGCAGAAAUACGAGCAGAAAGCGGCUGCUAACAAGGCUUAAAUGUUUAUAUUAUUCAUUUGAUUGAAAUAAAAUGAUUCUUAGAAAGUA